AUGAGACCACCCCGCGGGUCUAGGAGAACGUCUAUAGAGGGACCCAAAGGUAGGGGUCGAGGAGAGAGAACGAGGCAAGAAAAAUCCGUCCAGAGGCCAGGGCCCAGCAAUGGGAGUGUACAUCCACAGCAGACUAAGAAGAGGAGCAGUAAGUCAGCCCCUGUCGCGGUUCAAAAAGUCAGAGGUCAAGAAAAGUGGAAACCCAUGUCUAAGUCUUCCAUACUGGCUCUUGACAACAUGCUGAGUUUGUCAGUACUAUCUGUUUUGUCAAAGAAGAUGAAGGAUAAAGAGCGGCCACAGGAACAUCUGAAUUUACUGAAAGUUGGGUUUUUGGCCAGGUGUGCACAGCUCCCCGUACCCCUCCGAAAACACGACAUGGAGAAGGUGACCCGCCAGUAUCAAACGGAGAUCAGGAAAACUGAACUGGGCAAAAAGAGACUGCAUGCUUUAGAGGAGAAUCAGGCCUCAGUUGUCAGCACUCUGGAGCAGAUGGAGAUAAGGAUUGAGAGUUUGGAAGAGGAAUGUCGAAUUUUGAGAAACAGGUUAGAAGAGGAGGAGGACAAUGCAGGAGAGUUACUACAACAAAAAGACCAAACUGUCCUCUGUCUGCCUGCUUUACCACCUCAUUCACGCUCGGAGCCCUCGCUGCAGGCAAUGGACAGCUCAUCGCAGUAG